AUGAUUGCUACUGCAAGUAAGAAGACUACUGCUUCUGUGAAGAAUUUCUUGGAAGCUCUGAUACCACAAUUUGCUGAUGGUAAGUUCAAGCAUAGAAGUAGAAGUCUAAUUGUGAUUGCAGCUGCUGCCAUCUCUGCAGGAUUGCUUCUUAUUAGUAGCUUUGGCUAUGUCUUGAGGAUGAGAAGGCUGAGAAGUCAAGAUGGAGAUUUGCACGAGCUUGAUGCUAACUCUAGUGCAUCUGUUGCUGGGCCAAGUAAUGGAGAAUUGUUAUCGUUCAGUUUAAGAAGCAUAUUAGUUGCUAUUGACAACUUUUCUGAAGUAAAACAACUUGGAGAGGGUAGGUAUGGACCUGUUUAUAAGGGGAAUUUGCCUGAAGUACAAGUAGUGGCCAUUAAAAAGCAAUAUAAAAAAUCAUUACAAGGAGUAGAGGAGUUCAUGAAUGAGUUGAAACUUAUUGCCAAACUCCAACAUCAAAAUCUUGUUAGGCUUUUGGGUUGCUGUGUUGAACAAGAGGAAAAGAUAAUGAUCUAUGAGUAUAUGUGCAAUGGAAGCCUAGACAAAUUGCUAUUUUGUCCUUCUAAGCAAGCCAAUCUGGACUGGAGUAAACAAUUCUGGAUCAUAGAAGGGAUUGCUCAAGGUCUUAUCUACCGGCACAAGUAUUCUAGAUUGAAAGUCAUUCACAGGGAUUUAAAGGCAAGCAAUAUUUUGUUGGAUGAAGCAAUGAAUCCCAAAAUUUCGGAUCCAAUUGGAGUUGGAUUCAGUAUUGCCUCAACUCCAGAAGAAAUCCCAAGAAACCAACACACUGUUGCGAAACAUCUUUUCGCGGCGAUCACAUCGUUUGUCGCCUUAGACUCCUCGUUCAAAUCGCGUCCGAUUUACUUCACCGGUGAGAGUUAUGCUGGAAAGUAUGUUCCGGCAAUUGGGUACUACAUUUUGAAAAAAAAUUCCCAAUUGCCAGCGUCGAAACGGGUGAAUUUGGCUGGUGUUGCUAUAGGCAAUGGAUUGACUGAUCCAAUCACACAAGUAGCUACUCAUGCUGUGAAUGCUUAUUUUUCUGGGUUGAUCAAUGAGAAGCAGAAGACCCAAUUGGAAAAACUUCAAUCUGAAGCUGUUGUACUGACUAAGAAUGGUAGUUGGACUAAAGCAAGCGAUGCAAGAAAUGGGCUUUUGGAUUUGUUGCAAACCAUGACAGGACUGGCCACUUUGUACGAUUUUCGGAGGCUAAUUCCCUACGAAACGAGCUUCGUGGCUACGUUUUUGCAACACCCGGAUGUGAAGAAGUCGUUGGGCGUGAACGAAUCGAUGGUUUACGAAGAAUGUAGUGAUGUUGUUGGCACGGCAUUGCAUGAAGAUGUGAUGAAGAGUGUGAAAUACAUGGUGGAGUAUUUGGUGAAGAAUAGUAAGGUUUUACUUUACCAGGGACAAUGUGAUUUGAGAGAUGGAGUGGUUUCAACUGAGGCUUGGGUGAAGAAGAUGAAGUGGGAAGGGAUUGGGAAGUUUAUGGAGGCAGAGAGGAAGGUGUGGAGAGUGAAUGGAGAGCUUGCUGGGUAUGUGCAGAAAUGGGGGAGUUUGAGUCAUGCUGUGGUGUUAGGGGCUGGGCAUUUGGUGCCAACUGAUCAGGCAGUGAAUUCACAGGCAAUGAUUGAAGAUUGGGUUUUGGAGAGAGGAGUGUUUGCCAAUGAACAGCUUGAGAAACUAUCUUUGGAUUUCCAUGGUUAGGGGGAUCCUGCGGAUGAAUCUAGGUGUCCUGUGUGCCUUGGCAAUUCAAAGUCUUAGACCAUGUCUUAUAGAUAUGUGCAAGCCAUGGAGUUGGGUAUGUAUUACUAAUGAAUAAGAAUAUGGAAUUGUCUGUAACAUUAGAUCUUUUUGCCUGUUUCUCUUGAUCAAUCACAUUGAUAAUGU